CUAUCCCAGUCGGCCCACUUUACCUGCCAAUUCUGGGCGUGUCCAGCCAAGCUCCGCCCCUCGGCCCAUCCCCCUCCACACGAGCCCGCCCCCCUCAUGUGUUCCAGCCCGGCCCCUCCCAGGUGAUGAUGAUUCCUCAGCAACAAAUCAGCUUCCCCAAUUCACAAGGAACAGCUUACUAUAUACCUGGUCAGUUCCGUCCCUCAUACGAGACCCCUCAGCAGUAUCAGGUGGCCGGUUCUCCUGGUUUCUACACCGGCACGAGUCCGGCUGAUUACGCCGGGGCGUAUUACCCCGCCCAGCCCCAGUUCACGCCCCCUGUUGCCACGGCGCCCGUCAUCAUGAACCCCCCCCAGCAGCAGCAGGCCCCGCCCCCUCCACCACAGCAAGCUCCGCCCAGACGAGAACGCAAGCAGAUCCGGAUCAGAGACCCUAAUCAGGGAGGACGUGACAUCACAGAAGAGAUCAUGUCAGGAGGUCGCAGUGGCUCCACACCUACACCUCCACAGACCAACGGUGACAAUGCCACACCUGCAGUUGCCAUGACAACCAGAGUGGAGUUUCCCAUCCCUCCAGGCGAAAGCCCAAUACCCGAUGCCCCGCAAACUCCGCCCCCUACCAGUCCGAUAAGUGAUACAGUUGAUGCUCCGCCCCCAGCUCCUGCGGGUGACGUUCACUCCACGCCCACUGUGGUGGAACCACCCGCCUCGAACGGUGCAGAAGCCACACCCACUAUUGGCAAAGAGGAGGGGCUUUUGACUGCAACGCUUCCUGAAGCUGCCCCCCAGGUGGAGCAUGCGCUGGAAUCACCAAUAGCACAGCCUGAGGAGCUCCAGCUGUUCAACGGCGUCCCAGCAGGCUCCGCCCACAGAGACAUCAGUCCUAUCGCUGAGCCGGAUGUCGCUAAAGAAGCGCCACCCGUUACUGCCGAUAUCCCUGAUAGGACUGUCAAAGAAAUCCCUCCUCAGGUUGUCAAGGAGACUCCUGUUGCAGUUGUUAAGGAAGUGCCAGCUCCUGUUGUCAAGGAGACCCCUGCUCCUGUUGUCAAGGAGACCCCUGCUCCUGUCGUCAAGGAGACCCCUGCUCCUGUCGUCAAGGAGACCCCUGCUCCUGUCGUCAAGGAGACCCCUGCCCCUGUCGUCAAGGAGACCCCUGCCCCUGUCGUCAAGGAGACCCCUGCCCCUGUCGUCAAGGAGACCCCUGCCCCUGUCGUCAAGGAGACCCCUGCCCCUGCCGUCAAGGAGACCCCUGCCGUCAAGGAGACCCCUGCCGUCAAGGACCCUGUCGUCAAGGAGACCCCAGCCCCUGUCGUCAAGGAGACCCAUGUCGUCAAGGAGACCCCUGCCCCUGUCGUCAAGGAGACCCCUGUCGCCAAGGCGACUGUCCCUGUGGCUGCCAAGGACACACCUACACCUGUUGACGCGGAAACCCUUCAGCAGGUCGCCCAGGAGACUGAUAUCAAGGAAACGUCUGUGGAAACGCCUCCUGUUGUCAAGGAAACACCUUCACUCGCUGCCAAGGAAACCCCCAAACCACUUUUCAAGGAAGCCACUGCCCCUUCAGAGGUUGUUUUUAAAGCCACGCCCCUUCUGACAGAAGAACGCGAAGACACGCCCGCUACACAGACCACACCCUCUGAGAGUUCUAUGCAAGUGGUUUCUGUGCCAAAGAAGAAGAGAAAAAUGAAAGACCUAAACAAGAAGGAGGCAGGAGAUCUGCUUGAUGCCUUUAAAGAGCCCACACCCCCUGAGACAGAGGCCACGCCCCCAGUUAAGGCGGAGCCAGAGAGCACCGCCCCGGUGGCACCGCCCCCUGCAGAGGAAGUGGAGGAGACGUGGGAAGAGAAAGAAGACAAACUAGAUGCUGAGAACAUCAAACCAGAGAGUCCCACUCCGAGUUCACCCACCGAACAGAAAUACCAGUAUAAAGAAGAACAAUGGAAACCGCUGAACCCCGAGGAGAAGAAGAAAUACGACCGAGAGUUUCUGCUGGGCUUCCAGUUCAUCAGCGCUAGCAUGCACAAACCCGAGGGUCUGCCGCAGAUCUCGGAUGUGGUGCUGGAUAAGGCCAAUAAAACUCCUCUGAGACAGCUGGAUCCGAGCCGUUUGCCCGGGAUGAACUGUGGUCCAGAUUUCACGCCUUCCUUUGCUAAUCUGGGCCGUCCGUCAGCCGGAGGGCGUGGCCCGCCGUCCGGUCUGAGCGGUCCUCGUCGCUCAGGUCAGGGUCAGCGCGGGAAGGAGCCGAGAAAGAUCAUCGCCAGCGUUUCUCUGACCGAAGACGUGCAGCUGAAUAAAGCGGAGAAGGCCUGGAAGCCGACGGUGAAGCGCAGCGGCCGAGCCGAUGAAGACGAGUCGGACUUCCUGAAGACGCAGGAUCUGUUCAAGCGCGUGCGGAGCGUGUUGAACAAACUGACGCCGCAGAUGUUCCAGCCGCUGAUGAAGCAGGUGACCGAGCUGACCAUCGACACGGAGGAGCGUCUGAAGGGGGUCAUCGACCUCAUCUUCGAGAAGGCCAUCUCCGAGCCCAACUUCUCCGUCGCCUACGCCAACAUGUGCCGCUGCCUGAUGGGGCUGAAGGUCCCCACCUCGGAUAAACCCGGAGUGACGGUCAACUUCAGGAAGCUGCUGCUGAAUCGCUGUCAGAAAGAGUUUGAGAAGGACAAAGAUGAUGAUGAAACGUUUGAGAAGAAGCAGAAGGAGCUGGACGCUGCCGCCGGGGAGGAGGAGAAGCUGCGGUUGAAGGAGGAGCUGGAGGACGCCAAAGACAAGGCCCGGCGACGGUCGCUAGGCAACAUCAAGUUCAUCGGCGAGCUGUUCAAGCUGAAGAUGCUGACGGAGAACAUCAUGCACGACUGCAUCGUCAAGCUGCUGAAGAACCACGACGAGGAGAGUCUGGAGUGUCUCUGUCGCCUGCUGUCCACCAUCGGCAAAGACCUGGACUUCGAGAAGGCCAAGCCCCGAAUGGAUCAAUAUUUCAACCAGAUGGAGAAAAUUAUUAAGGAGCGGAAAACCUCUUCCAGAAUUCGCUUCAUGCUGCAGGACCUUCUUGAUUUACGACGGAAUAACUGGGUCCCCCGGCGAGGAGAUCAGGGGCCGAAGACCAUCGAGCAGAUCCACAAAGAGGCGGAGCUCGAGGAGCACAGGGAGCAGGUCAAAGUUCAGCAGCAGCUCCUGUCCAAGAAGGACAGCCGCGGAGGGGGAGGGGGCAUGGGGCCCCGGGGAGGCCCCCACGCGGCCGGUCCCCGCGGCAACCAGGCCCCUGACGACGGCUGGAACACGGUGCCCAUUUCCACCAAGAACAGACCCAUCGACCCGACUCGACUCAGCAAGAUCACCAAGCCGGGCGCUUUGGACUUCAAUAAUCAGCUUCUUGCCCCGGGGGGUAAAGGCUCGUGGGGCAGCUGGGGUAAAGGCAGCAGCGGAGGCUCCGGAGCCAAACCCAGCGACAGCGCCCAGGAUUCUUCUCGGGCCAGCACUUUGAAUCGAUUCUCAGCACUUCAGCAGCCUUCCUCCUCUUCAUCAUCUUCAUCCUCUGCCAACAUCGACUCUGACAGAAGAGUUCCUCACAGGAGCAGCUCAAGUCGGGAGCGCAGCGAUCGUUUCGAGCGUGGAUCGGACCGGCUGGACCGGAACCGUCCCGCGGUCAGUAAACGCAGCUUCAGCCGUGAGAAGGAGGAGAGGAGUCGAGAUCGAGAGCAGCGUCCCGUGGAGAUGAUCCGGCGCGUCUCCAGCAUGACCGACGAGAGAGAGCGAGAGCGCAACGCAGUGAAGAGAGAAACGGUUCCCACUCCUCCACCUGCUCCAUCCAAACCGGCUCUGUCGGAGGAGGAACUAGAGAAGAAAUCCACGGCCAUCAUCGAGGAGUAUCUGCACAUCAAUGACAUGAAGGAGGCGCUGCAGUGUGUGGCGGAGCUGAGCUGCUCGUCUCUGCUGUCCGUGUUCGUCCGGACGGGGAUCGAGUCGACUCUGGAGCGCAGCACCAUCGCUAGAGAACACAUGGGUUUACUCUUUCAGCAGCUCGUCAAAACGCACACACUAUCCACACAACAAUACUACAAAGGACUGAUGGAGGUGUUGGAGGUGGCAGAGGACAUGGCGAUAGAUAUCCCUCACAUCUGGCUGUAUCUGGCUGAGCUCAUCAGCCCCAUGCUGCACGAGGGAGGCAUUCCCGUGGGACCGCUCUUCAGGGAGGUGUCUAAACCGCUGGUGCCUCUUGGGAAGGCUGGAGUUCUGCUGGUGGAAAUCCUCAAGCUGCUCUGUAAAGGAAUGAGUCUGAAGAAGGUGGGAGUGAUGUGGAGAGACGCGGAGCUGAGCUGGAAAGACUUCCUCCCCGAAGACGAGGACGUCAAUAAAUUUGUCACUGAAAAGGGAGUGGAGUUCACUCUGGGAGAGGAGUGUGUGAGGAAGAGCAGUAAAGUGACUCUGAGUCCAGAAGAUCUCUCUAGAGAGCUGGAGAGACUGCUGCUGGAGAAAGCUGACAACCAGAGGAUCUUUGACUGGGUGGAGGCCAAUCUAGACGAGCAGCAAACAUCAUCGAGUGUGUUUGUCCGAGCGCUGAUGACCGCUGUCUGUCAGUCUGCUAUCAUCUGUGAGAAUCCAUAUAAAGUAGACACUAAAGAAAUUACCCAGAGGGCUAAGCUGCUGCAGCGCUACAUUAAAGACGAGCAGAAGGAGCUGCAGGCGCUCUACGCCUUACAGGGUCUGAUGGUGCAGAUGGAGCAGCCACCGAACCUGCUGCGCAUGUUCUUCGACGUCUUGUACGACGAGGACGUCAUCAAAGAGGAGGGCUUUUACAGAUGGGAGUCCAGUAAAGACCCCACGGAGCAGCAGGGCAAGGGCGUCGCCCUCAAAUCGGUCACCGCCUUCUUCACCUGGCUGCGCGAGGCUGAGGACGAAUCAGACAACAGCUAGAGCUUAGGCCACGCCCACCGCCCGGGAUGGUUGACGCGGAUGGGCAAAAAAAUAUAUAUAUAUUUUGAGAAGAAGAAAAAAACCAGAAUGAAACAUUCGGGAGCUUUUUCAACACCUCUUUAUUUUCCGUUUUGUCUUUCCCUCCGCCCCAAAAAAAAAAAAAAAAAAAAAAGCCGUUGAACUGAAACGAAAAAUAAAGUAUUAGAGGAUGACAAGCCUUAUCUGCUCAGAAUUUUAGCCGUUAGCAUUGCUACUUCCUGUUUCCAGCUCCCGCCGCCGCCAGUGGAGAGGGACGUCAAUUACAUCAUCACUCGUGUGUUUAUGAUGUCACUUCCUGGUGACAGAACGCUGCUCAGAGUUCUAUUUUUUUCGUUCUGAAACCAUAUAUUCAUGGGUGUUGUUGUGGUUUUUGCGCGGAGCGACUGAUUGUGUGCGUGUUGCUGUAACGAGGUGGAUUGGACUUUUUUUUUUUUUUUUUUUUUCGAUUUGGGAUUUCGUUUAGUUUCUAGUGGAGUGUUCCGAGCUCUUUCCGUUUGUUUGUUUUUUUAUGACAGAAAACGGAUUAAAAAUGCAAAUCGCCCCUUUCGGAGCUGCGGCGUUUUCCGCGUUUGCUCGCCGCUCCGGGUGAAGCGCGCGCCCGACGAACUCGCUAGAGACGUUGACCUUUGACCUUAUUGCUGCUGCUGCUGCUGCUGCUGAGAUGCUUCUGCCGGCCGUACGGUUCACGUCACACUUCACAGACUAAAACAAACGCUUGAGAAACGACUUGAGGGUGACGAGGAGUGCUUGGGGACGCUCUCUCUUGCACCUGUUGUGGACUUUUAAAGAAAUCAUUAUUACGACUUGAAAAAAUAUAUAUAGAAAUAAGUGUUUAAAAAGAGGAGAAAAAAAAAGCUGGAGAAUGAGUACGAAUACUACAUGCCUUUCAGCUCCCUCGAGAGCGACCUGUAAAUACAUGUUUUUUGUUUUGUUUUCCAAUAAUAAAAAUGCUAACUUUAAUGCCAUGUAUUAAUUUUUUGGCUUUUUUUUUCCUGUAUUUAAUUUUUCGUUUUUUUUUUUUUUUGCGGUUUAACCACCCGGCUUGUAUAAUUAUCCUCCUAGUUACUGAUUAUAGUUUAUUGAAAUUAUGUAAAUAUUUCUCCUUUUUUUGCUUUAAGUAUUUAAUUGAGAGAAAUUAAUGCCUCUUUUCACAUUUGAAACUGGAAGAGAUAAUAAAGAACAUUGCAAUGAAAAAGUUA